AGGGUACUUUGAUUUCAAAAUAAGUAUAUGCUACACAAAAUCCACAGAGGUUGGCAGGUCUGCAAGAUGCCCCAGUAAUCCUACCUGAGUCCUUCUGCCACCUGAUGGGGGAAGUACUAAAGUGUGUCUGCCAAGCUGAGGCAUCACCUAAUGCCUCUAUAGGCUGGACCAUUGAAGGAAAUGACACCUUUCCAUCCUCCUUUAGCUUUGUCUCCAGAAAUAAGAAAAAUGUAGUCUCAGGGGAAAUAAGCGGACCAACUAAAAGCCAGCCUAACAUUUCUUGCACAGCCACAAACGCACUGGGCAGCAACACCAAACAGCUCUCUGUAGACAUCUUGUCAAAAACAUUCUCUUUGCCCAUGUGGUUGUCAGCAUUAAUGCUCCUGGGGACUGCUUUGUUGUUUGGUUGUGCAGUGUUCAUUUACAGAAAAUAUUCAAGAGGCAGACCAACACCGGAGUUUGUGUGCAACACUAACAUUAUUUUAAGGUCACAAAUUUUAUUAGAGAAUGUCCAACAGGAACAAGUAUACAACAGUCCUCAAAGAUCACAAGAUGAAGACACACAAUCAAGCCCAUGCAGACCAGAGAGUAACCCUGAGGUGGACAGUCUUUGUGUUUAUGACAAUGAUUUUGUGGAAGAAAUGCGCAGACAGACCAGAGCUCAACCAAACCAGAACACCGAAGCAGCCCGCCAAAGAGACGGCGAAAUACAGCCACUGGCAAAGCCUGGACAAUUUUGACAACAUUGACUAUUUAGAUAUCCUGCUACUCAAUCUGACGGUCUCUGACCUGAUCUUCUUGAUCAUCCUUCCUCUCAAGAUGCAUGAGGCAGCGUCAGGCAUGAAAUGGAAUUUGCCCGAGUUCCUGUGCUCCAUCACCGCCUUCACCUUCUUCUCCACGAUCUACACCAGCUCCUUGCUGCUGAUGGCAAUGCCCCAGUAAUCCUACCUGAGUCCUUCUGCCACCUGAUGGGGGAAGUACUAAAGUGUGUCUGCCAAGCUGAGGCAUCACCUAAUGCCUCUAUAGGCUGGACCAUUGAAGGAAAUGACACCUUUCCAUCCUCCUUUAGCUUUGUCUCCAGAAAUAAGAAAAAUGUAGUCUCAGGGGAAAUAAGCGGACCAACUAAAAGCCAGCCUAACAUUUCUUGCACAGCCACGAACGCACUGGGCAGCAACACCAAACAGCUCUCUGUAGACAUCUUGUCAAAAACAUUCUCUUUGCCCAUGUGGUUGUCAGCAUUAAUGCUCCUGGGGACUGCUUUGUUGUUUGGUUGUGCAGUGUUCAUUUACA